AUGGCUCCGCUUCCGGGGCUGGUCCUCGGUCCGUCCCCCGGGUGCGGUCCAUCGGCCAACAAUGGGCCCGUCGAACCGUUUUCGCACUCCGAUCCGUGGUCCGCAUCCACUCCCGUGAUAACUCCGGUCCUGCUGGUAGUGGUGGCCACUGCCAUGUCCGUCGUAGGACAGAGCAGUGGCUUCGGUGGCUACAGCUAUCCGAAACCUAGCACCACCACGGCGGCUCCGUUCGGAGGAUACAGCUACCCAAAGCCCACGAAGCCGUUCUCCGAGGGCUACACCUACACGAAGCCCAAGUGUCCUCUGGUCCUGCCGAGCACCGUCACCGAGACGGUCGUGACGACCGCGCUGGUGACGGAAACGCUUCCCCCCCUCACCAGCACCCAGUUCGAGACGGCCUUCGUCACGCUGCCACCGGUCGUACAGACGGAAACCGAAACCCGGACCGUCGUCCUGACGCACACCUCGACCGAUCUGAUCGUAUCGACUCACACGGAAAUCCACCCGACGACGGUUACUUCGCUGCUCACCACCAGCUACUGUCAGCCGAACUCGUACCUACCGCCACCACCGCCGCCACCGCAACCACCCGCCAACACGUACCUUCCGGUGGUGGACCUACCGGCCAAGGAGUAUCUGCCGCAACCGGCCGGCGGGGGCCAGCAGCCCAUCAAGCGGGCCACCGGCGAGCGGACGGAGCUGAACGAGAUCGGCGACGGAGCGGACGGCGGACCAGCGGCAGCCGACCAGCAGCCGCAGCCGGCCAUCAACAUCAUCUUCGUCGACCGCGGCCCGCAGCGGGACGGGAACGGGCCGGCAGACGUGCCGUCGGCCGAUCUGAUGAACUGGCUGCUGUGCAAGUUUAACCUCACCAGCGGCUCCUGUAACUGA